UUCUCCCAAAUAUUUUUAUAAUAAAACUUUUUCUGGCCAAAAAUAUUUUUAUUAUUCAUUAAAAUAUUAUCCUCAAAACUAGUUUUAUAUUCACCCUUUUUCUCUGUUGUUUGGUCGUGCGCGUACGCCACACUUCUCUUUAAGAGCUGUGCUAGCAAUGCGAAUUUCACAUAUGAUUUUUGGGAAGAGGACCGGCUUAGUAAGUUUUCCUCGGCUACAUCCCACCUUUCAUUUAUUCUUUCCCCUAUAUUUUUUCAUUAACUUUAUUUUAAAUUAAUUUAUUUUAUUGAUUUUUUAAAAUUAAUUUUAUUUAGAAAUGACUACUGAAGAACCUUCACCUCAUUCCCACGAUCAUAUCGAGCAUAAUCAUUCCAAAGAAAAUCCAAAUAAAAUAACUACUAUGCUUCAUUCUAUGGCCAUGUAUUUUCAUUUUGGGUCAAAGGAAUCUAUCCUUUUUAGUUUUUGGAAUACGGAAUCUGCCUUAGGUUAA